CUAGCUCCCCCUUUUCGCUUCUUUCAAUUUAAUUUUCCUCGACGGCUGACGCGGUGGAUGGACUUGCCGGCGGGUUUUGUUUACAGGGCAGCCCGGUUCGAUUUGGAAUUUGUUUGCUUUUUCCCCUGCUGUGGAGGAAGCAUGUAAAGAUUUGGAUUCUGAGACGAACUUGGACGGGAAAAGAUCCAUUAUACUUCCCGCGGAUUUAACAAGCGCCAUCCAUCGUUUCGAGUUGAAUCCCAUUGCGUAGUUGCUGUUUGGUUGGAACUUCAGCGAAACCUGUUGUUUUCAAGCACUGAGACCGCUGGAAAACAGUUAACUCCGCUACAUGCUUAGGGUUUGAGUAAAAGGGCUUUAUAAUAAAGAGGGGGCUUCUAUCUUGGGAUCAGAAUAGAGCUCCUUGAUGCCUUGACAAUGUGGUGUACUAGUUAUUUGCAAAAUGGACGGUUAGGCCUCUCCAUCAUGUAAAAUCUACUUGUGCAUCGGUUGGUUCUUGCUGGAACGGAGCUGGUGGUCAGAUUUCCUUUUGGAUUUGUCAAUUAUAUCUUACAGUAUGAAAGCUCCCCCAAAUGGGUUUCUGGCCAAUUCUGGAGAAGGUGAAAGGAAGAAUAUUAAUUCUGAGUUAUGGCAUGCUUGUGCUGGACCUCUUGUUUCGUUACCUCCAGUUGGAAGUCUUGUGGUUUACUUCCCUCAAGGGCACAGUGAGCAAGUUGCAGCAUCGAUGAAUAAGGAGACUGAUUUCAUUCCAAACUACCCUAACCUUCCUUCAAAGUUGAUCUGCAUGCUCCAUAAUGUCACAUUACAUGCUGAUCCUGAAACUGAUGAAGUGUAUGCACAAAUGACCCUUCAACCAGUGACUAAAUAUGAAAAAGAAGCUUUAUUGGCAUCUGAUAUUGGCCUCAAGCAAAACAGGCAGCCUGCUGAGUUCUUCUGCAAAACACUAACAGCUAGUGAUACCAGCACUCAUGGUGGAUUUUCUGUACCUCGUCGUGCAGCUGAGAAGAUUUUUCCCCCAUUAGAUUACUCGAUGCAACCCCCUGCUCAGGAACUGGUGGCUAGAGAUUUGCAUGAUAAUUCAUGGACAUUCAGACAUAUUUACCGUGGCCAACCAAAAAGGCACCUUCUGACCACUGGUUGGAGUGUUUUUGUUAGCACAAAACGACUCUUUGCUGGAGACUCUGUGCUCUUUAUAAGAGAUGAAAAGUCACAGCUUCUCUUAGGCAUAAGGCGUGCUAAUAGGCAGCAGCCAGCUCUCUCUUCAUCAGUCAUAUCAAGUGAUAGCAUGCACAUCGGGAUUCUUGCUUCUGCUGCUCAUGCUGCUGCAAAUAACAGUCCUUUUACUAUAUUUUACAACCCUAGGGCCAGUCCUUCUGAAUUUGUGAUUCCUUUGGCCAAGUAUAAUAAAGCAAUGUAUACGCAAGUUUCACUUGGCAUGCGAUUUAGGAUGAUGUUUGAAACUGAGGAGUCAGGAGUACGCAGAUACAUGGGCACAAUUACUGGUAUCAGUGACAUGGACUCUCUGCGAUGGAAAAAUUCACAGUGGCGCAAUCUUCAGGUUGGAUGGGAUGAAUCAGCAGCUGGUGAACGACCAAACCGAGUUUCAAUAUGGGAAGUUGAGCCUGUUGUGACUCCCUUUUACAUAUGUCCACCUCCAUUUUUCAGACCCAAAUUCCCUAAACAACCAGGGAUGCCAGAUGACGAAUCUGAUAUUGAAAAUGCUUUUAAGAGAGCCAUGCCGUGGUUUGGUGAUGACUUUGGCUUGAAAGAUACACCAAGCUCAAUAUUUCCUGGUUUAAGUUUAGUGCAGUGGAUGAGCAUGCAACACACUAAUCAGUUCCCAGCAGCUCAAUCUGGAAUUUUGCCGUCCAUGGUUGCUCCUAGUGCUUUACAUGGAACUCUUACUAAUGAUGACCCGUCUAAAUUAUUGAGCUUUCAAGCACCAGUAUUGUCCUCACCAAAUCUCCAAUUUAGCAAAGCAAAUCAACAGAACCAAGUUGGCCAAUUGCCACCAACUACUUGGUCUCAACAGCAGCAGCUGCAGCAAUUAUUACAAGUUCCUGCAAGCCAACAGUUACAGCAUCAGCAGCAGUUGCCACCCCAGCAGGAACUACAACAGCAGCAACUCCAGUCGCAGCAGCUGCCCCAGCAGCAGCAACUCCAUUCGCAGCAGCUGCCCCAGCAGCCACAACGACAACAGCAGACCUCCCCAUCUGCUCUUCUGAACAAUGGUGUAUCUGCUGCUAACCAUUUGCCAAAUCAGAGUUUGCAACAACCACUUGUAUAUUCUCAGCUACAGCAACGGCAGUUGCUUGCAGGCAAUAUACAAUCACAUCAAACUAGCCAACCAUCCAAUAAAAACUCAUUUCAGACUACAUCUUUAUCGCAAGAAACACAGUUUCAGCCACAAAUAGAGCAGCAACCUAGCCUUCUUCCUAGGCAGCAGCAGCAGCAGCAGACACAAUUUCAACAGGCCCCACUACAAUUAUUGCAACAAAGUCUAUCUCAAAGACCACAACAGCAGCCACAGGUUCCACAAUUUUCACAGCCAAUCCCAUCAGAACAACUUCAACUGCAGCUGCUGCAGAAGUUGCAGCAACAGCAACAACAUCAGCAGCAGCAACCGUUGCUGUCCCCAGCUACCUCACUAUUACCACCUCAGCUUCUACAGCAGCAGCAUGUCCAUCAGCAAAACCAGCAGUUACCGCCAUUGCCUUUGUCCAAUCAACAACAGUUCAAUGCUAAUGGAGGCAGCUUCCCAACAGAAAAACUUAACAGCAAUGGCUUCUCAAGUUUAGGUCUCAUGCAGUCCCAGCAGGUUCCUAUAACCCAAUCGCAUAACCAAUUCAAACCAACAAUUAGAGCGUAUUCUGGACUGACUGAUGGAGAUGCCCCGUCUUGUUCAACCUCACCUUCCACUAAUAAUUGCCAAGUUUCUGUAUCAAACCUGCUUAAUAAGAACCAACAAGUAGCAGCCACUCUGGGGGGAGAUUCAGUAGUUGAGCCUGCAACUAAUCUGGCCCAGGAGCUACAAAGCAAACCUGAUUUGCGGAUCAAACCUGAGUUUCCUAACUCAAAAGGAUCAGACCAACUAAAAUAUAAAGGCACUGUUCCUGAUCAGUUAGAGGCAUCUUCUUCUGGAACAUCAUAUUGUCUGGAUGCUGGCACCAUUCAGCAGACUUUUCCUCUCCCUACAUGUUUGGAUAACGAUGUCCAAUCACAUCCACGAAACAAUAUUCCUUUCAGUAAUAGCAUUGAUGGAUUAGCACCAGAUACCUUAUUGUCGAGGGGAUACGACUCUCAAAAAGAUCUUCAGAACUUACUUUCUAACUAUGGUGGGGGAGUGCCGAGAGAUAUUGAGACAGAGUUGUCCACUGCUGCAAUCAGCUCCCAGUCAUUUGGGGUUCCAAACUUGCCUUUCAAGCCUGGCUGCUCAAAUGAUGUCAACGUAAAUGAAGCUGGAGCCUUGAGUAGUGGAUUGUGGGCAAACCACAGUCAACGUAUGCGGACAUACACAAAGGUUCAAAAGCGUGGAUCAGUGGGUAGAUGUAUCGAUGUUACUCGUUACAAAGGAUAUGAUGAGCUUAGACAUGAUCUUGCCCGCAUGUUUGGCAUUGAAGGGCAGUUAGAAGAUCCACAACGAACUGAUUGGAAACUUGUUUAUGUGGAUCAUGAAAAUGAUAUACUUCUAGUUGGUGACGAUCCUUGGGAUGAGUUCGUGAGCUGUGUUCAGAGCAUAAAGAUCCUGUCAUCCGCUGAAGUACAACAGAUGAGUUUGGAUGGAGAUUUGGGUCACAUUCAGGCUCCCAAUCAAGCUUGCAGUGGGACGGAUAGUGGAAAUGCAUGGAGAGGACAGUAUGAUGACAACUCGGCCGCAUCAUUCAAUCGAUGAGGUUUACGGAGUCCAAUGUAUAACUGACCAUGUCUCCUGGCAUCUGGGUUGCUACUCUUAAUUAAAAUAUGUUGGAACGUUCCAAAAAGGUUCCAAUCAGCUUCUGCGGUGAGGAAUGGAACUGCUUCAGGAAAUAUUAGCUCAGUGAAUAUCAUAUACACGGCGAAUGUGGAGACUAUCUUGCGACCCAAUUGCCAUUUCUAGUGGGAAAUGGAGCUCUGUUCACGAAUGCUUGGUAGACGGCCUAAAGCAUAUCAUGAAGUUGAUUUAGUUUAAAGCUAUUAUGUCAACUUUCUUCACUCCGAGCACCUAUACAAUUGGCACCUGACUGAAUCAAAUACUAGUCAUGAUGAAGUCAAGCUUGAAGGUGAAGACAGCUUGACCCACUUUGUUCGUGUAAAUUGUAACACAAAUGUCGUUUAUAUCCCAGAGUAUGUACCAACUGGGACAACAACCCUUGUAGAUAUGAUGAUAAGCCUAAUUUUAUGCUGUAAUCUGAGUGAGGUUUAGGAAAAGAAGGAAAAGAAAUGCUGCAUAUUUCCAUUACCAUCACUGUAACAUCAGGUAGGAUAGCUGUACAUUUUUCCUCUAAAAGACUAUAUGAACUCAAACCAAGAGUUACAUCCAAUCAAUCAACGAUUUUUUGUUAGGCUCA